AUGAGUACUGAAGAGGUCGUCAUCUUCGUAGUUCUCCUCGUUGCAUUCUGUUUUACCGUCGCUCACCCCUUUUUCGUUGCUGGUUGUAUCGCAGCAUUUGUUGGCUAUAUUCUCUAUUUCGCUCCUAAACUGGAAACUUCCCAAUGUGCGCCGGAGGGCACUUCUUCGUGCGAUCAUGGAGGAUUUAAGGAUAUCAGCUCUGUGUCAAAGAUAAGUACAAGAUCUGAUACCGACGGGGCCAUCCAUAUAAUGCCCAUCGAUCAGAUACCGAAAGAAUAUGAGCGAGAUGCGUCGACUAAACUCAGUUCUGUUAACGCAGUUCAACAAUUGAAUAAGAAGUCGCAGAGGGAAAUACUUGCUGAAAUCGAAGCCGCAGAGGAACAAGAAAAAUUCAGCAAACUGCUGCUCACAUACCAAGUGCCGAAUAUGACUGCUUAUUAUGAGAGUCUAGUAAAGGUCCUACAAAAGUGA